CGCUCUCUGUUCGCGCUCAGUUGUUUUACGUACGGGUUGCGCAAACCAAGCACACUACUGGCGAUUUGCCGCUGUUUCGACAAAAGACUAACGACCGCGCGUCGCGUUUGUUUUCAGCCGGCUAAUAGUUUUUAUAACAUUUUUUGGACUAUUGUCAGUUUUCUUUUAGAACUUUUCUCAGUGAUUUACGUACUUUUAAAACACUUUUUAUUGGUGUGCAGUGUUUAUGCUGAUUGUUUUGAACAUCGAUGAUUGCGAAAGUGCUACAACUUCUCGAUGAUAACCGUUCAUAUUGUAUAGAUUUUCAUAUUUAUGUACAGAUAUUUUGAAUUGUUUGUGAACAAUUAACAUUUCUUGGUGCAUUUUACUUUAACGUGGAUAUUUCUGGCUUGAGACAGGAUAGUGGUAUAUCAUUUAUCGUCUGUUGUGUUGUGUUCACCACUUUAUAUUGGAUUACUUCAUUGCUUGGAUAUUUAAAAUUAUGGCUAUUUUUGGGUGGAAAAGAAAUCAGCUUUCAUGUAUUGGAGAAGAUUCGAGAUCCAUAGGGAUAUUUCACGGUGUCUGCUGAUACCCAUACUUCAAUUACCUCACGGAUAGAUCAGCCAACAGUGAAAAUCAGUCCCCACGUAUUGCCCCUUGGCGGGGGGCACGAGUAUUCAAUGUCCGCUCUGGCGAUGCCCUUCAUUGACAAUGAUCUCUUAUGGAGCAGUGAUCAUGAUGGGAAAAUGGUCGAUUUGUCAUCUUGCCUACAGGAUGCAUCCGUUGCAAUUGGUACUCAGUCAGCAGCAACCAGCACUAGUACCAGCUCAACAGCAGCUUUGGGUGAACUUUCUCAGUCCGAUCUGACCAGUUUAGUACCCUCGCUUACGAAUAAUAGCGGGCACGACAGCAAUCAGAUUGCAGACACUGACGAUAUUUUCAAACACUUGAGCGACACCACUGCCAUAGAAAUUGAAAGUAUUCUGAGUGAAUUUAACAGCACUCCCUAUAUUAAGCAAGAGGAAAACAAUAAUACCAUUACGAAUGAUAACGGUAGUACGCGAGACUCACCACAGAGGUCACCAAACAUUGCAGAACUCGGUCGGAAAUUCACGAUUGCAGCGGCGAAUCCAAUUUUGGCCGAGAAGUUGGCGACGCCAAGCGAAGGUUUGAAUUUAGGCGGCCAAGACGGCGGCGCCCAUUUAGCGACGCUUACCCCAAAAAUCGAAAAAGUUGAUAAGGAGCAAAACAACUACCUCCACCAACUACUAUCAAGACAGAGAAGUGAUAUACAACAUCCGUCCCUAUGCGACUAUGCAAGAAGAAAAGCCGUUUACCCAACCACAACAGGUUCGCUGCCGCCCAGUCCAGCCGAUUCAGGCGUUUCGGACGUGGACAGUUCAUCGUCAGGACAUACGUCAACUGAUGAGUUGAAAGCUCGCCUGCAACCGUCAAUACAUUCGCCCGUUGGAGGCUUGUUUUCCAGACAUCCUGCUUUGACUUGGAAUGCGCCACUCCAUCAACAUAACCAGAGGCAGAGUCAUCUUGGGCAGCAAUUUUACCAACCGUUUACAACAAAUUUAGACCCCUAUCAAAACUACCUACUACAAGCUCAACAUCACCACGUGUCGACGCAUCCACAUCAGUCGAUGCACCAACACCAUCAGCACAACACUCACCAAUCCCCAUUUACCACCCCAUCUCCGCCCUCACCUCCACUGAGGCACCACUCAGGAAUACCCACAUCGGUAAUACAGGCAGCGACCAGCUCCGUUUAUGAUGACCCUUAUUUGCUAGGAUUCUCACCAAGGAAGCUGAAGAAGGUGAAGAAACAACGAUUGGGAGAACCAGGUACAGCACCAAAACGGAAAAGUAGGGAAGGUUCCACAACAUACCUGUGGGAAUUUUUGCUCAAACUACUGCAGGAUAGAGAAUACUGCCCGAGGUAUAUCAAGUGGACGAACAGAGAGAAGGGCGUGUUCAAACUUGUGGACUCUAAAGCGGUGUCCCGGCUUUGGGGAAUGCACAAGAACAAACCAGAUAUGAACUACGAGACAAUGGGACGUGCUCUAAGAUACUAUUAUCAGAGAGGCAUUUUAGCCAAAGUCGACGGCCAACGUCUCGUCUACCAAUUCGUAGAAGUACCAAAAGACAUCGUCGAAAUUGAUUGCACGGGAGCAGCGUGAAACUACUGCCAUUUGCACAAUAAAUGUAAGUGAGGAACAAAUUCCUCAUUCUACGAUCAACCCGUCAUAAUAGUACAACCAGAGAAACAAUGCCAAUUACUGAUAUUACUUGUAUACAAAAGAAAAUCCGUUAAAUUUCAUAACUGUUCAGCACGCCUCAAACACGGCUUUACAUUGAUAAAGAAAACCAGAACUUUCAGUAUAGAAAAUUAAAAGUAUGGUGUAACAGAAAAUAGGGCCACCAAAUUUUUAUUUAAUCCCACGCUUUCUUUUCGCCUCCCACACUUACACGAACAGCUUUCAAAUUUAAAUAUUUUGGCAAACCACUAAUUAUUUUUUUAUAAUAUUUCAAGGUUAGCGGUUUUGUUUUGUAUCAACCAUAAAUAGAAAAAAAUUCCGCAAAUUUGCAAAAAGUACGUUGCAGACGAUGGCGCGGUAUGAUUAUAGUCGUGGAUGCAAAGUAGCUAGUGGUUGUUUCAAUGUCAGUACAUGUUUGAAUAAAUGGGAAUGCCAUGUGAAAAAGUAUGAUUUUAUUCCGGUCAGGCUAAACAUGUUCAGUUCCUUAAAAAGGAAAAUGUGUUGUCGACCAAAACCAUACUGCACAUGUUGAUUCAAAGAAUCAUUUUCAAAGACUGCAAAGAAUUGUGCUGUAGAUCUCCCUAUUUAUGUAACAAUGUUUGAUAACUGAUUUUGAGAAAGCGAGAAUUAAUUUAAAGGUUGUGGUAUUUUAUAAGAAUUAUUUUACGCGAUUGGAAGCUUGACAUGUAUUUCUUUGCUUGCAAUUAGUAACAUUUAAAAACCCUUUGAUGUUGCAGGCCUACAAACCUAAAAACUCAUUAUCAAAUUUACUCAAAUUAAAUAAAAAAAUAAAAUAGUGCAAUAAUUUUAGACAAUUUGUAUGUACAAUGGCUCAUUGGUAUUUCAUUUUUAAGUUAGAUCUGAAUUGGUAAUUAUUUAAAAAAUAAACUAGUAAUAAAUCAGGCAAUUUUAGAAUACAAGAAACAUAGACGAAUUUCUGAAUUUACUUUACUAAUACCCAAAUGAUAACUGAACAAAUGUCAAAUUAUUAAACCUUAUAACUUAUAAAAAAGACCAGAUUGAACGGUGCUGUUUAGAAGAAUUUACAUAAAAAGGAUCAGACUGUGAACGGUGCCUAUGGAAUGAAAUAUAGGUUAAUUCCUUUGUUUUAAUUGCUCUCUUUUGUAUAAGUUCGAUCUCCUAAGCUAAAAAUGUACAUAAACAUUUAACGUGUACUUAUUAUAGAACAGUCCAAGCUUUGGAAGUCCGUUGAAAAUAUUUACAUAUUAAUAAUUUUGUACCAUUUAUAAAAAUGUGAUUUUUGUAUGUAACUAUUAUAUGGUGUGCAAAAAAUUAUACUCUGGGAUUUUCACAUAUAUUUCCCCGUCAUAUAAUACACGUUUGUUACUCUAACAUUAAUUGAAUUUGUAUAUUCUGUAUAGUAUUUAUUUAAAUAUGCUGAAUAAAUUUUUUGUUUCCGGCUGAUUAAAAUUGUUCUGUGAUUUUGUAAAUGUUAUCUCUAAAGGAUAGUUAUAAACCAAACAAUUAAUUUUCGAUAAACACCUCAAACAUAAAAUCAAUGUACCUAAAUGCCGUGUCUUUUUAGAUGAAUUUUACCUAAUGAGACAUUUUUUACACAUCGAACUACAAGAAAAUUGACAAAAGUUCAAAUUAAAUUCAGGUCAAAUUUAUAUAUCAACAUACAUUUUUAUACAUAACGUAGAAGAAAUUAAAAAAAUAAUUAUAAUACUUGUUAAAUGUAAUAGAUGUAAUGAUACUUAAAUGGAAAGUGUGUACUAUUUCCUUAAGAAAUGAUUAUCUUGUCAUUGCAAUGUUUUUAGAUUUCACUAAAACAAGCUUUAUAACGCUCUAUUGAAAAUGUGAUAAUUAUUUCUCAAGGAGUUUUGUUGUUUCCAUAUAAUACAUAUUUGUCCACGAACAAACUGCCCACUUUUAAACUAAUGUUGUUAAGUAUAUUUGAGAUCAUCAAUACUCGUAAGCAUCCCACGUUGGUGUUUAAUGGAAAGUAUUUUAGUGUCCCUGUUAUAUUAGAGAUAAUUCCCAAAAUGUUAAUUAAGGGUAAAUAAUAUUUGAACUGUUUAUAUGGCGAGAAAAGAAUUCAUAGUUUAGACGAUUUACGCAUUAUGAACGCUGAAAAACUAUCAUAAACAAUCGAAAACUGGUGGUUUGGGAAGCUAUUUACUUUUUAAAACAGGAAUGGAUGUAAAAUAAACUAAUUGGUGAUACAUGUUAAAUAACUAUAAUUGUUUGUAAAUAUAGAUAGAAUUUUAUCUUAGUUCAGAAAUAUUUUCAGUACGUUUAAGGUUGAAGAGAUGGAAGUGUGUUUUAAAUAAUUGUAAAUGUUUAUAUGUAGGUUAAGUGAGUACUUUUAUUAUAUAGUUUAUGUAAUAUUUUUCGUCAUUUUAAAAUAAAUAACACUAGAAGUAA